CCGGACGGUACGUUUGGGCCGGUAGCACGCGGCGAAGGCUAGUCAUUACAGUGAUGCUGUGAAAUACUGAUUCACCCACUUUGUCCUUCUCACCCAAUGGGCUGACAGUGGGAGCGGUAAUCAUGUUGAGUGACAUCCCACGGGACGCCCUCCUCCGCCCUCUCACCCGAAAUGAGGUGGUGGGGAUGCUGCUGAGACUGACCAUCUUUGGAGCUGCAACAUAUUACAGCAUCAAAUGGGUGGUGGAAGCUUUUGACCCGACAGAGAAACAAAAAUCUCAUGCCAAGAAAAGGGCAGAGCGGUUGAUGAAGCAGAUUGGCAUAGAGGGUGUCACUCUGACAGAGUAUGAGAUGAACAUAGCCACCCAUCUCAUAGAUCCCCGCAGCAUUAAGGUGACCUGGAGAGAUGUUGCUGGUUUAGAUGAUGUCAUCACAGAUCUGCAGGACACUGUCAUCUUACCUUUUCAGAAAUACCACCUCCUCCGUGGCUCUAAGCUCUUCCAGCCUCCCAAAGGUGUACUGUUGUACGGGCCGCCAGGAUGCGGAAAGACUUUAAUCGCCAAGGCAACAGCGAAAGCAUCCGGAUGCCGCUUUAUUAAUCUCCAGGCCUCCACUUUGACUGACAAGUGGUAUGGCGAAUCGCAGAAGCUGACUGCUGCUGUGUUCUCAUUGGCUGUCAAGAUUCAGCCCUGCAUCAUUUUCAUUGAUGAAAUAGAUUCAUUUCUAAGGAACCGUUCCAGUUUGGACCAUGAGGCCACUGCUAUGAUGAAGGCCCAGUUCAUGAGUCUCUGGGAUGGAUUAGAGACGGGAGCCAGCAACCAGGUUAUGGUGAUGGGGGCUACUAACAGACCUCAGGAUUUGGAUCCAGCAAUACUACGCAGAAUGCCAACCUCCUUUCAUGUAGGACUCCCUAAUGCAGCUCAAAGAGAAGAAAUCCUUCGACUCAUUUUAUCUGGUGAAAAACUGAGCAACACGAUCAACCUGAAGGAGAUAGCGGAGCAGACAGAAGGUUACUCCGGCAGCGAUCUGAAAGAGCUGUGCAGGGAUGCUGCCAUGUACCGUGUCCGGGAUUACGUCCGCAAACAGCAGAUGAAGCAGAUCGUACAGCAGUUCCAGCUGGAUGAGGAGGAAGAGCACAUGGACGGAACGCAGCUGAGGCCUGUGACUCAACUGGACCUGCUGUUUGGCCUAGAUAAGAUGAGAGAGUCCAAACUGGCUUCAGUUGUCCCAGCAAAUCUGAGAGAGGUGCCACUGGACUGAAUAUAUCUCACUGUACACGUUGUGUAACACUACACUUGCACUUUCUCACGCCUUCCUUCUAUAUUUCUGCCUCUUCUAGAUCUCUGUCAUUUUGCAUUUAUUCUUUCCCCAAUUUUUUCUGUUACAUAAUUUAAUGCACUAGUAAUGCAUUUAGUCUUGGGUAUUUUUUUAAUUGUUUUGCAUGUUGUGUAGUAGCAGAAUACUGUAUUGAAUCACUGUUUGGAAAUGAAAGAUAGAAUUGCUAGCUGCUUUACUGUGUCUAUACAUGUUUUGGUGUAUUAGAGUAGUAGAAAAAGUAUAGUGUGUUAAAUGUCUCCGUAGGACGCAUGAGUGUCACACUAAAGUUGAACUGAUUAGUGCAUGUGUGAUGAACAUGAACUCAAAUCAAAUGAUAAAUAUCUUCAUGCAAAAACAUCACAUUUUGUAAUCUAAUUUUAUGCCAAAUUUAGUAUUAAAAAAGUAUUUUGUCCGGACAUAAAAUAUCCUCUAAACCACUUAACGUACAGUAUGUAUGAAGGGUGGUACGAGGUGGUGGAGCCUGUCCCAGCAUCUCUGGCUGUAAUAAAAACGUGUAUUUAUUUAAUUAUUUAUUUAUUUACAGCAUUUAAUCUUCAUUUGUACUUUUUUCGUUCAUGAUUUUUGAUUUGAACUCAAAACAAACAAAUUGGUUCACUUAAAAAUACAUAUUCUGUCAUUUAUUUUACUCAUUUCAUUCAAAACAUGUUUAUAGAAAGGGAGGCGGGAGGGGUGGAGUGAGCCGUUGGUUGCAGUUCACAAUCUCACCACUAGAUGACUCAAAUGUAACACUGGACCUUUAAAGUCGUAAUGAUAUGCCGUUAUGAACGUGAAGCACUUAGCUUGGAAUAAAAUCAAUACAUCA